ACUGUCGGACGAAAGCGCUCGUUCGAACGCGACUAGUCGCAUAGAGUACCGAUUCACGGCAUAACGUGCGUUUUUGUGUCUGCUUUUUUGUGUUGUUGUGAUGUGGAUUUUUAUCAGAGUCAACACUCAAAGUAACUCCGUCAUAAAAAAUUAAACUUCGUGAUUGACGUGAAUGGGAUUAAAAAAUUUUUAAUUGAAUAUUAAAUAUUAAACGUUUUUUUUUUCCGUCACUCGUUUUGCGAUCCUUUGUCGUUGGCAAUUUAAAUUUCGGAACCGUGAAGUGUCCAUGUGUUUCAAUGAUCGAGUUAAAAAAAAAAAUAAUAAAAUGUCAUGGAGAACAAAGCUAGUGCAGGUGCUUUGUACAUAUAAUAGUUGAAAUGAUAAAGCGGCGUUUAUAUUAUUCAAUGCAAUUUUAGUGAUACGAUUGAAUCUGAAUGGAUUUUUGUACUUUGUCAUCUAGUCAUCACUACCUACGAUCCUUUUAUAUACUUUAACAUUUCUCUCACGUCGAGAUAUUAUUGUUAUUGUUCACCUUAUUAUUCUUAUUCUUAUUCUUCUUCUUGUUCGAUACGUUCUAAUGCUAAUUUAUGUCUGACGUAAGGCCGUUUUUAUCAUUUGAUGCUGAUUUAAACGAGGCAAAAUGACAGCCGUAAAAUUACAAUAUUCACGGUUGGAUGACACGAAAUUAAACUGGCACAGAUCGACGACGUCAAAUAAUUCAGUGAUAAGAGACAAAAUUAACUAACUGCGAAAUUUAUCAAGUAUACCGACUAGUCGGUCUAUGUAAUUAAUUAAUUCAAAAUCAAAUUAUUCAAUUAAUUUAAACAAUCAAAUCUUUAUAUACAUAAUGUAAAUACUAUUAUAAAUUAUAUAUACAUAGUAUAUAAUAUAAAAGGUAGAUUAUAAUUGGAAAAUCAUAAGAAAUUUAAAUACCGAUAAUGUGAUUUAUAUAAAAUAAAAUGACGUACAAGAGAGUUUCGUUGUGAUUUUCCGAGGAAAUCGGCCAAGCGUUCACGCGAUUCAGCCGUUUAACUUGAAACGCGCUAUUGGUAUUCUCGAAGCUAUAUACUGUGAAAGCCAAAGAAGUAUAAAGAAGCAAAGAGGAAUAAGAAAAGUAUAUAAGAAGUGUAAGAGGGAAAAAAAAUCCAAGUAAAAUAAAAAAUAAAAACCGAGUAAAGUAAAAACGAAUAUAGAUUUAUACCAGCAGAGAGUAAAGGGUGAAGAAACUACGGAGGUGGAGAUAUAUAGUAUAUAGCUGAGCAAAGGAGCACAGUAAAAGCCGCCACGGGGAAGAAGGAAAAGCCGCGAAAAACAUGACGCCACGAAAGUACGUAACUUAUGGCCUCGCAUAAAUAACGCCGCUGAGCUGGUAUACGUAGAGAUCGAUCCCGCUUUAGGUUUUCGUUCACUUUGGUUAGCCCCGUUUAUCCUCAACAACAGUAACGCAAAAGAAUAUUGUAUAGCGGACCAGCCAAGCCAGCCCAGCAUCUCAAAUCACCCAGACCAGACUAGACUAUACUUCCAUACACGCGCUAAGAAAAGAACAGGGGAAACAAGAGAUAAUAAAAGAGCUUGCAACUUGGGAUAACAAAAAAUCACUUCUUUUUUUAAAUAUAUAAAAAAUUUUUAAGGAAUAUCUAUAUAUAUAGAGACAGAGACGGAGGCAGAGUUGGAGGAUAAAUAAGAAAAAGUAAAACACGGAGAAAGAAACGAACCGAGACACCGGAGGGAAAAGCCUAAACUUUGUCGACAUGGAACUGUUGAUGUUGCUGGCUGCAGCAGCCAUCUUCUUGGGCUACUGCCAGACAGAUGAAAAAGUAUCAUUUUAUGGUUCGAGUUACAUCCACUUUCCGGUACAAGAAGCCAAAGGCAGUACUAACAUAAGUUUUCGUUUCCGAACACAUCUAUCUGAUGCAAUCCUAUUAUUGGCAGCUGGAAAAACGGACUACUGUUUGAUCAAGCUCGAAGCUGCAAGACUAAAGGUACAUAUUAAUUUGGGCGCUGGUGAGAGUGAAAUUGCCAGUCCACGCGGCUUAACACUCAACGACCUCAGUUGGCACGAAAUCCAUUUAAUACGCCAGGAGGCCAAUAUGACGUUACAAAUUGAUGGUAUUCAUAUCACGAGAACACUAUUGCCUGGAAAAUUUUUUGUUUUAAAUAUAAUGUACGGGGUUUUUAUCGGAGGACAAGGCGAAUUUCACGAGCUAUUUCUAGGUCACACGGAAUACAUGCGCGGAUGUAUGGCGGAUAUUAUUUACAAUGGAGCAAAUGUAAUAGAAUAUACCAAGUCGCGACAAGGAAAAUCAGAAGCUAGCGCAGUUACGUGGGGCUGUUCAAAGGUAUUUGACGCAACAAAAAAAACGGAAAUAAGUUUUCUUGAAGAGGGUGCAUUUCUAUCGAUUUCGCGGCCAAUAUCGCGCACCGGCUCGAGAUGGGAAUUCGAGUUGAAAACGACCUCAGAGAUGGGACUACUGCUGUACAACGCAGGACAAGCAUCUCACGCUGAUUAUUUGGGCAUUGAAUUGCAUGAGGGUAAAGUGCGACUGUUAAUGAACAAAGGCAACGGCGCUACUGAACUGAUUCACUCAGCGGCUGUGAAAGAUGGAAAAUGGCAUAAAGUAAUAAUAGAUUUUAGUCCAACAAUAAUUGGUAUCAGUAUCGACGAGAAGCCUGCCGAACAGCUGAAUUUACCAUCCGGCGGAAAUCGAUACUUGGACUUGGCCGAAACGUUGUAUAUCGGAGGCACAGAGCUCAAUAAACAGGCACGGGCUAUUGCUAGAGGGAUCAAAUCAGGUGACCGCAGUUACAAGGGUUGUCUCAGAAACAUGAUUCUGGAUUCCUCCGAAAUCGGUCUGCCUGAGGUUAAAACGAGCCAAGGUAUUGUCGCCGGAUGCAUUUGGUCUUACCCGUGCAUCGAAAAGCGCCCGUGCAUACCGUCAGCAACCUGUUCACAAGUCGGAGUCGACUCGUUUGAGUGUACCUGUGAUCAACCCCAUUGCGUCACGUCUAAUUACGCCGAGAGCACUACGGAGAACGGGAGUUUGGCUCUAGAUCUGGAGAUCGUGGCGGUGAAGAGCAUUGUGGUAGCAGAAGGCGAGCAUGCAUUUGUUACGAGGAACACUAUUGCAAUGGUACUGGACAUUGCCAAGUACGGCGUAAACGAGGACGGGAUAAUUUUCAGCCUGGCCAUACCGCCAGAACACGGUAGGCUGACCCAAGAUUCAACCACAACGUCCGUACGUUCAUUCACGUUACACGACGUUUACAGAAACAAGAUCCAGUACGUACAUGACGGUAACGAAAGCCCGGAGGAUUCCAUGAUAUUGGAGUUGAAGCUGACGGCUGGAAUUGGCUUUACGCUUCCUGGAUAUCUUCAGAGCCGUCUGAGGUUCCCCCUUAGUGUCAAUGUAACACCGGUGAACGACCCGCCGCUUCUUGAAAUACCGACCACCAAGGUCCUCAGACUAGCUCAAGGAACGCGAAAAACAUUGAACAAAGAGUUGGUAUGGACAGUGGAUCCCGACACACCACCAGAUAUCCUCGUUUACACGGUGUUACGUACUGACAUUGAUGCUGGUCACGUUGAAAAAGUCAAUCAAUCAUCGGCCGGUCCCAUCGAGACUUUCACUCAGAGCGAGUUGGCUCGCGGACUCAUUUCCUAUGUUCAUCAUGGAAACACUAAAUCGAACGCCAUGCUGGGCCUACAAGUGACUGACGGGAGGGAGACGAGUAAGCCGUCUUUUCUAAGAAUAUCUGCGUAUCCACUACAGAUAAAAUUAAAACACAACACCGGCCUAGUGGUGGUACAUCAGUCAUUUUCAUAUUUAACACCAGCGAAUAUUUCCUUCGCAACAAAUUCUGACGACACGAGUGUUGAAAUAUUAUACAGCAUCAUGGUGCCUCCGCAGUACGGCGUCGUACAAAAAUUCAAGUCCCAGACAAAUUAUUGGAUAAAUGUUGAUAAUUUCACGAACAAAGAAAUUGAAUCGGGUAUCAUAAGAUAUCUGCAUAAUGCCGCAAGUCCUGCUCAAGAUGUUUUCAAAUUUCAAGCGAGUGUAAGAGACGUUAAAACACAGCAAACUUUUGACUUCAAAAUAACGUUUAUUGAUAUGGAGCUGAAGGAAAUAAACCGGGCGGCGCUCGGAUUCACCGAUGCCAAGGAAAUUCAUUUAACCAGUGGUUAUUUAAAAUAUCAAACAAAUCCAUUGAUAACUCUGUCGUCGAAUAUCGAAUUCACGAUAUUAAAAUUACCAAACUUUGGUAAUAUUAUUAUAUAUAAUAAUAAUAAUGAAGAUCGUUAUUUGGUUAAAGGCGAUAAAUUUACUCAAGAAGACAUUGAUAUGGGUAAACUCAAGUAUCGAUUAUUCAAGAGGGCAUAUUCGUCUAUUGACGAUGAAAUUUUAUUCCAAGUGAGUGCACCGCAAUGUCAACCCUUGACUUCAAGUCUCUCAAUUAAAUAUUCGAUUGGCGCAAGCUCAAAGCCCUCAUUCCCGUUGUCCUCCUCAUUGUCGGCGUUACCAUUUCACCCGCUCCCAGCUGCAGCAACUAAGGAGACGUUAAAUGUUAAGGAAGGAUCACAAGUAGCUUUGAGUAUCACUCGAAUAAAUCCCAAAGAUUAUAAAGUGAAUGGGCUGCUUUACAAUAUAUCCCGACUGCCACAUCACGGAUCCCUGUCUAUACAAUGUGUUUCAAAUCAAACAUCGAGAUCAAACAUAAUAUCCUUUACUUCUGAAGAACUUUCAAGUCAAUCAGUUUUUUACGUUCACGAUGACUCUGAAACAACAAAAGAUUCAUUUCAGUAUUUUUCGGUGUCAACUGACGACACAGAUUUCAUGUACGUCGGAACGUUUGACAUCGACGUCACAUUGAUUAAUGACAAUCCACCGGAAUCCUCAGUUAAUGCGGUAUUUGACGUUGUCAUUAAUGGCGAACGUGUGAUAACAAACAAAGAAUUGAUGUACGUCGAUCGCGACUUGGGGACCCGUCCUGAAGACUUGAUUUAUAUUAUUCGUAAUGUCACUAAUGGAGGAAUUUAUUCAGCGGUAGAUCCUUCAAAUCCCGCAAACCGAGUUCGUCUCGAAGAGUUUACUCAGCAGGAUAUUAAUUAUCGGCGUGUUUUAUUCAAACAUCAGGGCGAUGAUAACGGGUAUUUAGAUUAUCAAGUUAGCGACGGUAAUUUACGUACACAGGGUAGUUUAAGUAUUCGAGCAAGUGCACCUUACGUCAGAUUCCUUGAAAGCAAUGCAUCGAUCGUGCAGUACAACGGUUCCGUUGUGUUCACAACAAAGGACUUUGAUAUUGCCACUAAUGUCGACAUCAACGAUAAAGACGUUAAGUUCGCUAUAUCGAGCAGAUCAAAGCACGGCGUGAUAUUGAAAAAUAAUCGCGAAGCGAGUGCAUUCGAUCGUGAGGAACUUGCGCAGAAGCUCAUUUCCUAUCGUCAUUUAGGCGGCUCGAUGACUAAAGACGAAUUCCGUGUCAAUGUUACGGUAAAUGGCAAAGUGUCUGCUGAGACGAGAAUCAUAAUAAAAGUUUAUCCCAAAGGGUACUGGGAACCUCUGAUUGUUCAGAGUAAUCGUGUUAUUCUAGUUGAAGAGGCAACGAGUGUUCUGAUUAGUCGUAAGAAUCUAGAAAUCGGCCAUCCGAAAAUACCUUCAGCAGAGAUAACUUAUUUGAUACGUGAGUGGCCGAGAAAUGGUUAUUUGGAAAUACAAACACCGAGUGACGGGCACACCAGCAGCGGCAGCAGUAGUAGCAGUGAAGAGGCGAAAGAUGACUACGAGGCAAAUCUCGUAAGGCACUUUGAUCAGAGUGUAAUUAACGAGGGUCGUGUUUACUACGUACAGUCGGUUGCCAAUCAAACUGAGGACAGUUUCGUUGUGGAUGUUACCAAUGGAAUUACGUGGAUGCGAGGUCUUGUUAUUGAUUUUAUAAUUAUACCAGACAAACUUUACAUUAAGGCUGCUAAUAUAACCGUCGUUGAAGGUAAAAAUUCGAUAAUUGAACCCUCUAAUUUUCAUGUUAUCACAACUUAUUACACCGGAAAAUUAACAGACUACCGCAUUAUUGACAAACCGAAACACGGCACGAUAAUGGAUUCAGUAAAACAGAAUCAGGUGAAAAAGUUUUCUCAAAAACAUUUAGACGCGGGUAUUAUUUACUACAAACACAAUGGGGAUGAAAGUUACACGGAUUAUUUUCAAGUGAUAAUAACUGCGGGUGACAAAACAAGUCAACCUGUUGAUGUCUGGAUAAAUAUACAGCCGGUGAACGAUCAACUUCCCGUUUUGUCAAAUCAAACAAAUAUUAAACUGUGGCAAGGCGGCAGUGCUGUUAUUACACCGAAUAAUCUCUCAGCCUUUGACAACGAUACGCAUCCAGCGGAAAUUAUUUAUAAUGUUACGAUCAUUAAAAAUUUAUAUUUCUCGCUGGUUAAUUCAACAAACAUCGACAUUUACAAUUUUACACAGCAGCAAAUCGAUCAGUCGCUGGUAUUAAUAACGCAUACCAAUGGAACAGAUGCAUCUUUUAGCUUUGUGUUGUUUGAUGGGUUGCACACAACACAACAGUACGACAUUGUUGUCGAAACAAUGCCGGUUAAAUUGAGUAUUUAUAGAAAUGAUGGGCUUAAUAUUUUUCCGUUAACGAGAAAACCAAUUACGGAUAAACUACUGCUGGUAAUGUGUACUGAUAAACAACGCGAAAUAAAAUAUAUCGUAAGGCGUCCACCGCAUCUGGGAAAAAUAAUAAUGGAGACAAAUGAGGGGACUUGGCAAGAAGUUGACAGAUUUACACAAAAAGAUUUAAAUUACAGCAAAGUCACCUACGAACACACAAAACAAUUUAUGGAUUUAUCGACCAAUGAUUCAUUUAUUUUCGAUGUGGAAACACCAUUUGCUGAGAUUAUCAAGAAUCAGAUAUUUCAAAUAGACGUUUCCGUAUCAAGUGGCGGCUUGGGCCGCUAUAUCACAACGAAUCCGGUGCACGUUGAAGAAGGAGGUACAGCCUCAGUAUCGAUGAAUAUCAGCGGGAUUAUAAAAUAUUUACGAACAAAAACCGGAAUUGAAAAUCCCGCGGUGUUAUCGCGCUUAACAAAUCAGCCGAUCUAUGGACACGUAAUGCUGCUUCCUGAUUUAAACAUAACGACAUUUACUCAGCCUCAAAUCGAGGGCGGCAAAGUGGCGUACUAUCAUGAUCAUUCAGACAGUACUGAGGACAAUAUUAACUUCUCCCUCUAUCUUACACCCGGGCACGUAAUGCUGUGCAACGCAACUAUUCCCGUGAUUAUCUCACCGGUAAACGACCAGCCAUUCAAGCUGGUAACAAAGAACCCAUUUAUCACGGUUGUGCAGAAUCAAACCCAAACAAUAGACCGUGAAAGUCUGCUGACUACAGAUGCAGAUACACCACCGGAAGAACUGGUGUACGAUGUCAUAUCAGAACCAACUGCCGGACGUCUUUUGCUGUUUACCUUUGAACAAAAUUCCUCCGACGUACGACAAGUCACUAAAUUUACCCAGCAGGACGUCGAUUCAAACCGACUUGUUUACGAACACAAUGGCUCUUCUCAAGCAGUAGUAUUUUAUUUCCGGGUUUCUGACGGACGAUUCACGCCCGUCUACACCUUAUUCAACGUCCACGUCCUACCAAUAAAAUUAAACAUCACAACGGCCAACCCCGUGACGCUCCAGCAGGGCUUCAAUAUGGGGAUCGUCACGGAAGAAAAUAUUAUACUUGAUACGAAUGCCCGGCAUGAGCACGUCACCUACGAAAUAACCAGUCCACCAAGACACGGUACUCUCUACGUACGAGAUGUUGCCGCGAUAAAAUUUAAACAUCCUGAUUUAUUAUCCAAAAGCGUUGUGUUUGUGCAAACAGAUAUGACCGCAUCUAACGACAGUUUUAUACUUUCAGCUCGAUUAAGUGAUUACGAGGUAUGGGGUAUUAAAGUAACUAUAAAAGUUGUACCAUUGAUGAUAAUACGACCAAUGCUGGCGUUUGCCGGUGAUAAAAAUCAGAUAACGCUGAAAUCAAUGGACGCAACCCCAUUAGCUGAAGCGACUAAUGGAAAUCCAAUUUACCGUAUAACCGGUAAAUCACGAUACUGUAAAAUAAAACGUAUUAUAAGAAAUUCGGGUGACAAACGCAGUACGAGAGAACGUGAAAUAUCAAGAUUUUCACAUCGUGAUAUCAUACUUGGUGUUAUUUAUGUAGUUUGUCGUAGAAUUCAUACAACAGAUACUGGAACUAGUAAUAGCAAUAGUAAUGGUAAUACUGGCGGUGCCUCUGGAGGGUUGCGUGAUAGCUUCCAUUUUACUCUCACUGCCGCGACAUAUCAACCAGCAGAUGGUGUGCUAGAGAUGAAGAUUAAAUCGGAUCCUGAAGUGUCUAAUAGUACGCUAGGAGGACCGAUGGAUCCAGUGGGACACGAAGGGGAAAUGGCACUUGCCCCCAAUAUUAAUCAUGACUACAUUCUCAUACUGGGAAUGCUAUUGGGUGUAUUUGUGCUCGGAAUAUUUACCAUUAUUUUGAUACGCUGUCGGCACAAAAGGUACAAAGGUAAUCAAGAGAAUAAAACAAAUGAACCGACUCCCACUGUGGGCGUAAUACCCUUGCCGCGACCACCGGAUCAUUUGAUGCCAGUUACACCGCAUUUGAAGCGUUAUGAACAUGAUCACAUUGACAUUAACUCGAGCACGCCUCUGUCAAUGCACUCGUCUAUCACGUCCUCGCUGCCACAGUGCAAGGUGAUUCCUCUCAACCCACUAGACAGCAUUGCUGGCUCAGAUGCCGACAUGUCUGCGAGGUAUCCUUACGGUGUCGCGGACGCUGACGAGUGGAGUAGUUUUGAUACGUCAGACCUCCCCCCACUGCCACUGCCUACAACCACACGCAGAACAGCUCCUUUACUGAGGAGAAAUCAGUACUGGGUCUAGCAUUCGGCCACAUCGGGUCACUCCGAUGUAUCCCCGAUGUCCCAACACGAACCCGGAUAACCUUUUGCCCCGGGUACGUAAAAUUAUUUUAAAUAAAUAAAUAACAAAAAAAAAA